AUGCUACUGGGCAAGAAUUUGCAGAUAACUGGUGUGGUAGACUGGGAAUUUACCUACGCUGCGCCUGUUGAAUUCUCUUAUGCGCCACCCUGGUGGCUUCUCAUCGAAAAACCUGAGUGCUGGCCAAAUAGCAUCGAGGACUGGGAGGGGCUAUUUGAGCUUUGUCUCAAAACAUUCAUCAGGGCAAUGAAGAGCCUGGAAAAUGCAGAAAUUCAGCAAGAAAGGUUAAAAGAAGGCCAAAGGCUCUCUGGUCCCAUGCAGGCGAGUUGA